AUGGCGGUAAAUGCCAAUGUACUCUCAAGCGACAUAAGUAGACGAAAUCCACAAGAUGAAUAUGAACUUAUUCAAAGAAUUGGUAGUGGGACUUACGGUGAUGUUUACAAGGCUAAAAGACUGUCCAUGAAUGAUCUUGCUGCGAUAAAGGUUAUCAAGUUGGAACCAGGUGAUGAUUUUGCUAUUAUACAGCAGGAAAUUUUAAUGAUGAAAGAUUGCCGACAUCCAAAUAUUAUUGCUUACUAUGGUAGUUAUUUGAGACGUGAUAAAUUGUGGAUUUGUAUGGAAUACUGUGGUGGUGGUUCAUUACAAGAUAUUUAUCACAUUACUGGACCGCUAAGUGAAAUACAAAUAGCAUACAUGUGCCGUGAAACGCUUUUGGGACUGGCGUAUUUACAUGGAAUGGGUAAAAUGCAUCGAGAUAUAAAAGGUGCAAAUAUAUUAUUGACGGAAUCAGGCGAUGUUAAGCUAGCAGACUUUGGAGUGUCUGCACAAAUAACAGCAACUAUCAACAAAAGAAAAAGUUUUAUCGGUACACCGUAUUGGAUGGCCCCGGAGGUUGCGGCUGUUGAAAGAAAAGGCGGGUACAAUCAAUUGUGUGAUAUUUGGGCAUGUGGUAUCACAGCGAUAGAACUUGCAGAAUUACAACCACCAAUGUUUGAUCUCCAUCCGAUGCGCGCAUUGUUUCUCAUGUCCAAGUCGGGAUUUAAACCUCCGACCUUGAAGGAUCGCGAUAAAUGGAGCCCGACGCUGGCGUUAGAAUUAUUACAAAAAGUAUCGAAUCCGAGUCAUAUGUUUACUGAUUUAGAGGCUGACGAAGACGGAGCUGUGCCAAAUGUACCUCAGAGAAUAGCUUCAAGACAUACAUCGAGACCUAGACCAAAGAGUCCUAUCUCUCAAUUAGACAGUGAUGAUCGAAUUAUCCUUGAUAGUGGAACACUACAAAGAGAUACUACGCCCCCAAUUGACGGUGGUAAUCCUGUUUGGGAUAUUAUGGACAUCAUGAAUAAUGUUAAGACUGUCCAUAACUGUGAUGUUCAUCCUGAUUGUGGUAUUGGUACAGCGUUCGACGACGUUCCAGAAAAUAAAUUGUCCCGUCGAAGCAAAACUGGCACUGAAAUAUUUCAUAUGAGUCUCAGGGCGACACUCCCACUCGGUGAAUCCUCGGACAAGUGUGAAGUACAUCGAGGCUUUUACUCCAAUUUACCGGGGUCACAAGCGAGUCUCAGGCGACACAGCUCUGUGGACGAGUUGUAUGGUUUAGUCAGCAGUUCCUUGUCUUUAUCAUCAAUCAAUGGCCAACGUCAACGUUCGUUGUCAGACAGUGGACCUAGAGAUGAUUCUCCGCGGUACAAUGGUGACAGAGAGUCCACGGGUAAUGGCGAAGAAGAAGGUAUUGGACCAGAUUUAUUGUCUGAUACACCACCAGUACCACCGAGAAGGAGGGAUAGAAAGAGACACACUCCACCUAGACCUACUAGCAAUGGUUUACCUCCUACACCAAAAGUUCAUAUGGGAGCUUGUUUUUCAAAGGUAUUCAAUGGAUGUCCAUUGAGAAUACAUUGUACAGCUAGUUGGAUACAUCCUGAUACAAGAGAUCAGCAUUUAUUAAUAGCCGCCGAAGAGGGUAUUUAUAAUUUAAAUUUAAAUGAAUUACAUGAAACGGCAAUUGAUCAAUUGUAUCCAAGACGAAAGACACCGCAAUUGUACAGGCAUGAUUUAUUGGCAAUGCAGAGUAAGCAAACUCACAGGUUUUCGUUGCACAUGAAUAAAAUACCUGAACGAUUAGUACCGCGUAAAUUUGCGCUCACUACUAAAGUCCCGGAUACUAAAGGUUGUAGCAAAUGUUGUGUCGGACGGAAUCCAUACAAUGGAUACAAGUAUUUGUCUGGCGCGACGCCAGCCGGAAUUUUCUUAAUGCAAUGGUACGACCCGCUAAAUAAAUUCAUGUUGCUGAAACACUUUGACUGCAUAUUACCCUCGCCAUUAAAUGUUUUUGAGAUGAUAAUUACUCCGGAUAUGGAGUACCCCAUGGUCUGUGUAUCCGUUAAACAGGCUUAUCAACAAAAUAAAUUGAAACUUGAUUUAAUAAAUAUGAAUUCUGGUGCCAGUUGGUUUCAUAGCGAUGAAUUGGAAGAUAUUGACGGUUCUGCCACUGUAAUUCCAAGGCGAGAGAACCUUCAUGUUAUUAAUGUAACACAAUUUGAAAAAGACUCUAUUCUUAUUUGUUAUGACAAUGUUAUUAAGUUUGUAACCUUACAAGGAAAACCUCGAACAAGCAAAAAACAAUUGUCUGAAUUACAAUUCAAUUUUCAGAUUGAAUCAAUAAUUUGUUUACCUGAUAGUGUACUAGCAUUCCAUAAACACGGUAUGCAAGGAAGAAGUUAUAAAAAUGGUGAAGUAACACAAGAAAUAAGUGAUGCUAGCAGAACGUAUAGGCUGCUUGGGUCUGAUAAGGUUGUUAUGUUAGAGAGUCAUUUAGUUCAUUCAGGAACGUUGAGUGAAACAGAAGGAGCUGAUUUGUACAUACUUGCUGGUCACGAAGCCAGUUAUUAA